GCCACAUAAUUCCUUUUCAUAUGCUGCAAAUGGUUACAACGCAAAAGCAGAUCUGUUGUGAGGGGGGACCGUGGUUGCGUCGGGAACGUGUGCAACCGGGCGGGUCGCCACGUGCAGCUACAUCGUCUUAAUCGAGUGUAGAUAUUUCGCCUUCGUUGCCCGCUUCAAGAUGUGCCGUAAUUGGACUCACGAAUGUCGCGUUUCAGCUGUGUUUUGUCUGGCGCGUGUUUGUCGCCACAAGACGCCUAGUUGGAGGCCGGUUCUAGCGGUCUAGUCAGAGCGUAUGUGCACCGAAUCCCGCCUUGUGGCUCAUCAGAUGCCGCUUCUUCGUUUCGGCUGCUGCUCCUAUGCAUGCGGCCGUUUUUUUUAGCUUUCCAUCUAUUCGUCGUCGUUUUGUCGGUUCAUGAUCGCAAAACAUAGGUUCUCAUUUUGGCUCUGGAUACGAGACACCGCGCGACGUGCUGAUUCGUGAAUCCCUUGUCGCCUGAGGAGUGACCAUGCCAUUCCAUCCUUCCGACGGUUUGUGCAAGGCACCUCACACUUCACUCGCUCCUCAGGACUUCCUCCCGGAGGCGCAUCUCUGCGUCGUCCCUUCAUAGAAUUACUAUUCAUGGCGACCACUCGUCAGCACCGCGGAGCUGCACCGUUUGUGCACGCACCCGCACCCACGGGGCUGGGCGGGUGGUCGGCGACGGAGGACGAGGAGAACCGCGAAUUAAUCGCCGAGAGAGAAGGCCUCAUUGAUGAAGGGACAUCCAACCCUCCUGUGCAAGAAGAGGAGGAAGGCGAAGUGGGCGUCCUUUUCGUCCACAACGUCAUGGCUUUCUGCCAGCUGAACUGCAACAUCGAUCUGGACGUUGCAUGCCGCGCUCUAGGAAAUUCCGUAUACAAUCCUGAGGAAUUUCACAGUGUCCGUGUGGAUGUCCGAUGCCGAACAAACUGCAUUGCUUCCAUCAACAUUUUCAGUAACGGAAAGAUGAUGGGAACAGGCGCAAAUUCAGUGGAGGAGCUCCGGCGAACGAUGAAGAAGAUCGCGAGGCGGCUGCAGCGCCAUCCAUUAACAAAGUACAAAGUAUCGAUGACUCGGUUCCGAGUGUCAAACAUCCUUGGUAGCUACACCUUCUCUAGUCCAAUUUCUCUGCAUGCUCUCGCGGCUCUGAGAGAGUUGCACGUCGAUUAUGAGCCGGAGCGAUUCCCUGGCGCUCGUGUCAAAAUUACAAUUCCGAAAGCGAUCGACACAAACAGUGAUGCUAACGAGACAGAGAAGGCGGCGACAGGCGGUGCGUGGGCGUCCCAGACGGGGUCCUCACAGACUGCCCAGGACUCAAAAGGCAAGGAAGAGGUUGUGACACUCCAGCUUUUCUCUACGGGGAAUGUAACGCUGACAGGAGGUCGCUCUGUAGAAAGCAUGGAGUACGCGCUCCAGUGUGUGCUGCCUUUUCUGCAGCAGUGUCAAGUUGCGAACGGGACAAGUUAGCGCUCGUAAGGGAGGGGCAAAGAACACUAUCGCGUCACGGUUCCCGUUACCACCGUGCACCUUACGGAAGCUCGGCAAGGCUCUGGGUGUUGUGAGCGCGAACAAUUGUUUUCGAUUUGUUUACGCUGAGGAAGACAAAAGUUGAAGUUCUCUGAUCGCUUUCGGUAGACACUGGCGUUUGUGACCCCGUCGCUCUGUCAAGAUGCCAAGUCAUGUGUAUAGUAGAUGCCCUGCGGAGUCUUGCAUUUACGGCGGAACCUUCCGGUCUCCCCUCAUUUCCUCAAAUUUCCGUUCCUCAGUUUUUUCGUCGAUAUGUAGUACCGUGUAAACCCCGAAGACUAUUCUGACUUCCAUGGUAAGUUCGCCGUGUGCAUCUGUGGCACAAGGACCACAAGAGGUUUUUUCUCGUAUUCAGGAGUGCGAUUUAGCUCCGAGGCCUUUCUUCUGCGCCGACAUCUUCCGGUUAUAGGGGCUUCCACUCGCUGAGCUUGCUCGCGGAGUUUUCCCGCUAUUCUUGAUCUUAAGCAGCUGUUCGUGUGCCUCAAUCAGAGCGCAGGAAAGACCGAAGACCUGCGAGUGCAGCGCGCCAAAGUCCAAUUCGUAGUCUUCCUCGCGCAAUAAGGCCGAGAGGCUGUGCAUGCUCCAGGAAAUAUGCUAGGGAAGCUCUUAGUUGUAUACAUGCUUCUCACAUUCAACAGGAACUUUACAUAACACGUGGCCGACACGGACAGUCUCAUAUUGAAAGCGCAGAGCCAGG